UAAUCUACCAAUUACCUUGGAUAAAGUGGAAAAAGAAGAAGAAAAAAAAAACCUUGAAAAAUCAACAAUUGAUUCUAAUUACAAUUUUUAAUUAAAUGUGAAAAAUGUACCAAUCAAAUUAACCAACCACUAGAUGUCACCAAGUAAACAAAACAAAAAGCCGAUACAACUUUUGAUUGAAUAUUGGAUAUCCAAGGAUAAAUUGGCCGUUUAAGGUUAAUUAUAAUUGAUUAUAAUUAAGCCCCAGUUACCCUGGAAUCACCUUUACAAUAAAUUAAACCAUCCAAAUUAAACCCAAUAACCCAAAUCCAAUUAACUGUUGCUCCCAUCCGAGUGGAUGAUUGAACCACUAGAGGGAACCAUAAAUCAGCGGAAUUCAUUUAUUAAUUAUAUUUGAUCAGGUUGUUUGUUUAUCUUCAAAACAGUUAACAUUUUAAAUUGAGAAGCAAAAGAAAAACAAACUCCCAAAAGUAAAUCAAAUCAUUGAGAAAAACUCGUAAUUUUUUUUACUUCUCACAAUCAAAGUGACUUUUUUGAUUUUUUUUUCUCUCUCUUAUUGUUUCAUAGAAUUGACACUUUUUGUUUUCUUAUCCAUACUAAUCAUCAUGACAUCAACAUGUUCACAAUCAUCAUCAUUAGUUAAUUUGGUUAAAUUGUUAACAUUUAUCAUGUUAAUCGUUGAACCUGGACUAUCAUUGUUUCAUAAAAGUUUCCGUGGUCGACUUGAUGUUUAUGAUUUAACUGUUACGAGUGACAACCGGUCAGAAGUUUACCAGACAAAUUCAAGGUUCUUAAUGAAUUCAAGUUCAAAGCCGAUCGUUUUUCCAACAUCAUCUCCGCUUCCAGCCUUUGACCAUCAACCUCAAGCUCGGCCAAAAGUGUUGCUACCAGAUCUAAAUGAAAACGGUGUCCCAAAGUGUGUCAAACAACCUGAUGAUACUUUCUGUGAACAAGUUGAUAACUAUCCCAGAGUUGACCUACGAUCAGAUUUUGGACUUAAUUUAGAUGAAUUUAGAGAUAUUUUCGGAGAAGUCAAGGAAAUCGAUGCUCGUAAAUCUUAUUUCGAUGAUGAUUCAGCUGAUGAAAGAAUAUGUGGUGGCCCACGGAAAAUUGUCUUCCCAAAAAUGGCCAAAACCCAAUCGAAACGUUGGGUUUAUAUUGUCAACGAUGAUGAAAAUUUCCGACAAUCAGUUGUAACCGAAAUUUGCUCGAGACCCGGUAAACCUUGUGCGUACCUUGAAGAUGAUAAUCUUCCCGCUGGUUUAUCGUCACAAUGUCGACAAAAAUACGCUCGAGCCCGUCUUAUGGCCUUACACCCGACGGAACAAAGGACUUACCCCGAAUACUUUGAAUUUCCUUCUUGCUGUGCGUGUUACAUUAAAAAUCCUUACAACGAUAGGGGUAAAUUUAGACAGUAACAAAAAUUCUAUUAUCAAUUAAAUAUAUUUAAUAAUUUAAAUUCUAUUAAAAAACAAUUUGCACCAAAAA